AUGGCUAGCCCGUGUCCUAGUCAAACCGAGAAGUCGUUGAAUCGAACUCAACGGAGCGAUUCAAAUUCUCUCCAACCAAUGCUGUCCAAUGAGGAGACCGACGACGAUAUCGCUCAGAUGGAGCUUAUUACAGACCUGCAUCUCAAACUGUGGACAGAUUUGGUGUUCGAGAUGUUUCUGUGAGUAGUGUGGUAAAAGAGAGUACCGUAGCCCAAACUUUACCACGAUUUAUCUUCUUUUCAGAAUCACCAGAGAAGUCCAGACUCCAAAAAACCUCACCUUAUGUGUUCCUCAAAUCAUCUCCAAUCUCUUUCUUGUCGGUGAGAUUGGUCCCGCUGACUCCAAUAGAGCCGUGAAAUCGGCUCUCAAUCCUCAGGGGGCUACAGUGUUGAGGAUGAUUCAUAACAGCAUCCAAGACUUUGUACGGUGAGCGAAAACGAAAACGCAUCAGAAACAGACAUCAUGUUGGAUUUAAUUUAUAUUUUUAGUGACUGGGACCAGCAACUGGCCAUGGACGCGAAACCAAGCGGAUAUUGGAGUGCGAGAAGAGUCCUUGUCCAUCGAGAGAACUGCAAGAGUUAUGGAUUCCUGACGUUUGCGUUGCUCAAAAAUCUUGGCGUCGAGUUGAAGUUGACCGCAAAGGAUAAAGAGCUUGAUAAAGACAAGGAGAAAACAGAGGAAAAAGAGCUGGCGCAGUGGUUGCACAGAGAUUUGAAGGUACGCCGUUUCUCACAUUUUGGAGGUUUUCAUCCUAAUAAAUAUAAACGUUUCAUCAUUUCAGCUCCACGAGUCCAACACUCAGCCAUUCAGUCUGUGGUUGGAAGACAACAACGAGCAGAGCGAGCAGAAUCGUCGGUGUCCAAUCAUCGCUUAUGCUUCUCAUUUCCGAUUCCAAAUCCCGAAUGCUUUCUUGGAUGGCGCUACUGUCUACUCUGUCAGGUUCCAGGUAAGUCCUUAAAUCGAUUUUAUAUUACUUAUUUAUAUACGUAAUUUAUCAAAGACUAUCCCUUUAUUUUCCUACAGUUCACUGAGAGAUACGUUGACAAUGUUGUUGCCUGUCUGAUCCACUCCACAGCCCGCCGAGGCAUCAGAUGUCUGUCUAUUGACCCAUGUCUACUCAUCGAAUUACCAGUGGUCAGCGACAAACUUAAGGUUUAUGUUAUCACAAAUUGGGACAAGUGUCCGAUAAAAACUGGCAUUGAACUGGCUUUGAGAAUUCGAGAUUUGAAGAGUGGAGUAAGGAAUUUACACAUUAGACCAGAGAGAUUAGUUACCGAAGUUAUUUUGAUCAUUUGCAGAAAGCCAGAGAACUGCACAAAUUGUACUUUCCCUUCUUCGACGAAUCCAAACUCGGUACUCUGAACGUCGCUGAACUUUUCGUCAGAUGCAUUCGUAGGUCAAUUUAACUGUCUAUGACUGGUUUCAGCGGACACUGACAAGAGUUUCCAAACGGAUGGAUUUGGGGACCUCGCCUGUGAAGGGGCUGAAGCCUCGAGUUGUUUCACUGCCCGAUUAGUCCCUAACGAUCAGCAUUUUGAUCAUAUUGAACUAAUGCAUGCUCCCCCUUUCACUACACCGGCUGAGUAAGUUCUAGGCUUCUUUUUGAAAAUGCGAAGAUACCUAACACUAAUGAAGAAAAAGUCAUCGUCGAUUUCAGAGCGAUCCAUGUUGAAGAAACCGAUCAGUCCGAUCUGAUCAUCGCCCAACCGUUCAGUGUUAUUGUCUGGGACGAGAAGAAGAAUAUGCCCGUGUAUCUCAGCAAAAUUGGCGCUCCAAGCACUCUCAGAUUGGCUUGUGAGAAAACAUCCCAAAGAGAACGAAAGGACAGUGAAGAAAGGGAACCCUCGAAAUGGGAACGGUUCAGAUCCUGCUUCCGAAAAAAGCCAAAAAAAUCACACAAAGAAAUGUUGUAAAUCUGUCUACAUCGUUUUGUUUACAUAAAAUAACUCGCUGGAUCUCAAAUUGCAAUUGCAAAAUAAAUUGUAAAUGCAAGCGCAAAGUGGGGAAAGGAGUGCGUCCCACCACGAAAACAAAUAACGCCAAACAAAAAACGGUAUUAUUCUCUCUUUCGGCGAAUUUUUCCCAAAUCACUUUCAUUUUGUACAAACGAACGUUCUUAUCAAAUUUUGCGUAAGAAUACUCUUGUUUCAAAUGAAUUACCAGUUAUGUUGUACUGGUCAUAAAUGUAGAAAUGUAAUUUUCGUGCUUCCGCGUCUAUCCGCUUUUCUUCGUAUAUUGAAGAUGUUACCCAUUUCAGAACUUGUUUUCUUAAGCGCAUCGAGGACUGCUCAUAAUGGCUGAGUUAGGAGGUGCCCCUUCUCUAGAUGUCCAACAAGCCCUGAAGAGGGUUUGCAAGUCCGCCCUUGUCGUUGGUGGAGUUGCUCGUGGUCUUCAUGAGGCAGCUAAGGUUUUGGACAAGUGAGUUGAUGCUUCAUUUGUUUCGUCUUGUCUUUAGAGCUUACAUUCUUCAAAGAUAACAGGAUUAAUUUUACUGAAAUUUAUAUUUUUAGGCGCGAGGCUUUGUUCUGCUUGUUCUCUGAGGAAUGUGACGAGGAGAACUACGAGAAGCUGGUCCGCGCUCUGUGCAAGACCCACGAGAUUCCCAUCUACAAGGUUGAGACCAAGGCCGAACUCGGAGAACUGGUUGGCCAAUGCAAGUACGACAAAGAAGGAAAGGCUCGCAAGGUUGUUGGUUGCUCGUGCGCCGUCGUCAAGGACUGGGGACGUGAUGAGGAGGCCCGCAACGUUCUGCUCGAAUACCUCAAGAAGCAGAACUAA